UGCCGCCCGCGUUUUCCUGUGCUUUUAUUUGUUAGACCGAUGACCGGAAGUGGAAGCCUCUCUCCACCACAGGUGACUUGACAGCGGUGCGUCCAGGCGGCGGAGAGGCACGCGCACACACGGGCUGUGCACGCACACAAAGAAAGGCUCGGUAUGUCUGAUGAAGAUUCCCGUGCCAGCAGCAGCUCUUCCUCUUCCUCUUCGUCGUCCACUCAUCAUCCUCAGCAGCAGCAGCAGGAAGAAGAAAUCACCCCGAAGAAACGAGAAAGCAAAGGCAGCAGCAUGAACAAGACCUCCAAACUCCUCUCCACCAGCGCCAAAAGGAUUCAGAAGGAACUGGCUGACAUCACGUUGGAUCCUCCUCCAAAUUGCAGGUGA